AUUACUCAGCGAAACAACAUGGCGGCCCUCGAAGACAAAGCGAUAUGGGAAGAUGGCGAGGAAAUCGACGAGGAAGUUCUUCGAAUGCAGACCGACGAAAUUGUUGGACGGGCUCGACUGUUAGAUAAUGAAAUUAAGAUAAUGAAAAGUGAAAUUAUGAGAAUUAACCACGAACAGCAAGCAAUGAAAGAGAAAAUAAAGGAGAAUUCAGAGAAAAUCAAAGUGAACAAAACGCUGCCAUACCUUGUGUCUAAUGUAAUCGAGCUCCUUGACGUAGAUCCUCAAGACAAUGCUGAGGAAGAUGGUGCCAAUGUUGAUUUGGAUUCACAGCGAAAAGGCAAAUGCGCAGUCAUUAAAACUUCAACAAGACAGACAUACUUUUUACCUGUGAUUGGUUUGGUGGAACCUGAGAAUUUAACACCAGGGGAUCUAGUGGGUGUCAAUAAGGAUUCAUACCUCAUACUUGAAAAAUUACCACCAGAAUACGACUCUCGAGUGAAAGCCAUGGAGGUUGAUGAGAGGCCCACAGAACAAUACAGUGACAUUGGAGGCCUGGAUCAGCAAAUUCAGGAGCUGGUAGAGGCCAUUGUGCUGCCAAUGACACAUAAGGAGAGAUUUGAAAACCUUGGAAUUGCACCUCCAAAAGGUGUACUAUUGUAUGGUCCACCAGGGACUGGCAAAACAUUAAUGGCUAGAGCUUGUGCUGCUCAGACAAAGUCAACCUUUCUGAAGUUGGCUGGUCCUCAACUUGUUCAGAUGUUUAUUGGUGACGGGGCUAAGCUAGUGAGAGAUGCAUUUGCUCUUGCAAAGGAGAAAGCACCAGCUAUUAUAUUUAUUGAUGAGCUGGAUGCUAUUGGAACAAAGAGGUUUGAUAGUGAAAAAGCUGGUGACAGAGAGGUGCAAAGGACAAUGUUGGAGUUACUUAAUCAGUUAGAUGGCUUUAGCUCACAUCAUGAUAUCAAGGUCGUAGCUGCUACGAAUCGUGUGGAUAUUCUGGAUCCAGCUUUAUUAAGAUCAGGCCGUUUGGACAGGAAAAUUGAACUGCCAAAUCCAGAUCAGGAGGCCAGGGCAAGAAUCAUGCAGAUCCACUCAAGGAAAAUGAACGUCAGUCCUGAUGUGAACUUCGAUGAGUUAGCGCGGUGUACUGACGAUUACAAUGGAGCCAUGUUGAAAGCUGUGUGUGUCGAGGCAGGUAUGAUCGCUCUGCGUCGUGAAGCCACCGAGGUAAUCCAUGAAGAUUACAUGGACGGAAUUAUGGAAGUGAAUGCUAAGAAAAAAGCCAACUUGAUGUAUUACGCUUGAAGAAAGAUUUCUCUUGUAAAUAAGCAAAAGAAAAAACUUUAGAUGCUUUCGUUCUUUUUCAUUGUAUUAAUCAAUAGUCUGAAACUACAGUUUAACUACCAGUUUUUUUGUUCAGCGUUGUUAGCCACUCCUGUCUUAUUGUGUUGCGUGACAUGAACUGCGCCCGCAAAGAAGCAUGGACAUUGAAAGACCGGAACUUGUUGUGGCGAGACACUUUCGCAAUAAUUCGUGCCAAAAAACCGCAAGACUUAUUAAAUAAAAUUUAGAAAAAUAAA